AUGAAAGCAGCGUUGAAGAAACAGCUUGGACACAAGGAGCCAUCUACUCGUGUGCGAUAUAUCGAGACACACAAGACGGCAGCCAUAGCAGUGGCGAAAGCCAAAACUGAUUCCUCGGAAAAGUUCGGUGAGGUGUUGGAGUCGAAUUUCCCUAUGGCAAACGAAGUGUGCUGGCAGACCAUCGGUCAGCUCCAAGAUGAAAUGAAGGGCGCUCUCAGAGUCUUGCAAGGCACGUCUGAACACCCUCUUACCAAGGAUUAUGACAUUCUUCGACCAUGGAGGGAGUACUAUGAGGAACGCUUUAACCCCGCGCUGCCGCAGGAGAACUCGCCUGUAGAGCAGAAGAGUACGGAUAUUACUAUCUCUGAAGAUGAAAUUACACAAGCUGUGAAAAGCUUGAAAAACAGAAAAGCUGCUGGAAUUGAUGAAAUUCGCCCUGAGAUGCUCAAGGCAUUAGGCGAACAAGGCAUGUGCUGGCUAACACGCGACUAA